AUGGCUGCAAUACUUCACUACCCACUUCACGUGCUGCUGGCCACGACUGUGAAUGCUCUGAACCAAAAAGAGAUAAAUAUCUCUGACUGUCACCAAUUUCUGCCACCGCACAACCUACAUUUCAACCAAGUCCUCUCGCCAUUUGCAGUCCUCUGGUGCACGACCACGACGGCAAUCAUGCAGGCCUCACUCAAGAUGCUCAUCCUCCUCCUCUCCACGCUGAUCGCGGUCCUCGGUCAAGCCAUCCCAAAGCCAGUAGAAAAGUACGACAUCUGCGAAUGGAGAGAUGCGCGUCCUGCAUUCGGUAUCUGGUACACCUAUCCCACAUGCACUUCGCCCUGGUAUCCUGAUGCGAACGGCAACUGUCCCCCCAAUUCUCUUGAUACCAGCCAUUACGAGCAGCCUAUGGACGCCGUCCCUGUGUGUCGUGGUCCCGAGAAAUGUACGAUCAAGGAGAACAUCCACGUUGGAUACAAAUUCGACUCAAAGCCGCUCGACAAGCUCAAAAUCCCCGUCCUAGAUAAAGGUCUAUUCGGCGGCUUCACCGCGAGGGGUGGCACGAGUCAGGGUUGGUCUCUUACGAAAGAACUCAAGAAGGGCGAAUGUGGCUACUGGACGUUCGUUCCCUAUAUCCACUAUACCUGCGGGCUCUACACCGAAUACAUCAACACUCACGCCUUCUGCAACCAGAACAGCUGUUGCGAGCAGGUCGGAACCACCAAUCCAGACGACUGUGCCGAACAACUCGUUCAAUUGUCUGGAGAGGGACUCUGGUGGCCACGGUCCAUUCGUGGCGAUAUGAUUCUCGUCAGAAUCGACUGCGAAUCACAAGAGCUCCUACCAGAUGACAAACAAGACCCGAUCUAUAACUGGCCAGGUGUCAAACAGCCUCGACACUAUCCACAAAUGCAGGAGUUGAUGCAGAUGUGGAAGGAUACCGCCAACGACCCAGCCUUCUACACUGCCGCCGCUGAUUCCGACAUCAAAUGCUAUGAAGCCCGCCCCGACGCUGUUCCCGACUAUCUCGUUCCGCCCGACUGCAUCGACGCACUGGGCUCCCUGCGCGACAUGGCUACAUCCAAGAUCACUGGUACAGACGAACUCAUGCUUGCUGCUGCUGGAAAUUGCACCAUCCACGCCAAGAUCAACUGGGACGCCCCAAGCGACUGUGACUUCUCCUACAUGGACGCCGCUGUCGCCACGGAUAAGCUCUUCGAUACGUGCAACAACAAGCUCUUGAUCCCGGGCUCGUACCCUCUGGUUUCCUCCAAGGAUCCGAAGAGAUGUCGUGGACGCGUUGCUAUGUGUGGACCUAGCAAGAACGCUUGCAUGUGA